ACACACUUACGCGCCGCUACUUCCUGUCUUUGUUCUUACAGCAAAAGAUUCCCAUACGCCGUACUAACAGAACAGAACUCCCGCCUACGUCCUCUCGAUACACCGGCUUAUUAGGCAGGAUAUAUAUAAAGAUCCUUUUACCGGCUACUCCACUGCCGUCCUCCCGACCCCUCCUUCCACGAUGCCUCCGAAAGCAGCGGCUCCUCCGAACCCAUAUAUCACAAUCAAACAAUCUCUCUCCGCCGAGUCUUGUUCGAGUACAACAUUAGCAUUGCUCACCGAAACCCUCUCAGGCCCUUCCUCGUCACUUCAAAAGGGACGAAGUGCUCGACCUGCAUCAACUUCGAAAACCCGGCCGAAUGUUCCACUCCAAUUACCAAUCGCCGACCGGUCAAGGCUCGCAGUCGAGGUCAUCAAUGGCAGUCUACGCUCUCUGGCAUCCCAUAUUGAAGCUGCGAAGGCAAAAUCAUCAAGUGAUAGCACGCCACCGCCGGGCAAAGACGUUGCAAAAGGAGGACGCAGACUCAUGACACAACCUGAAAAGGUGCUAAAGGCACGGUCCGGAAACAACAACGACAUGUCACUUGGUGCUUCUGAUGGUGUCGACUACCUGGCAAUGUGCUGUAGCUUUUCGAUAUCAUUUUUGAUAUCCAACGAAUCAGUCGAAGGCAUCCAAGCAACGCAACCACUACAGACGGAGAAUGCACGACUCAGUCUUGCGGGGAAGUUGACAGCGCUUGGGAGAUACGGCGUCGCAAUGAAUGAGCUGAAGCUGUUGAAGUGGAGACUAUUGGGUCUUAUGCGAGGGGAUAGUGGUGGUGAGAGUUGGUUGGUUGAUGUUAGAAAGAAAGUGGCCAAGGAGGAUUUCUCAACACUGUUGGAUUUUCCCGGGGUUUCAGCAAUGAAUUCAGCAUUUCCUCUAGUAAUUCAAUGCCAACUUGGAAUUUUGCGCUGCGUCGUAGGGAUGAAGAAGCCCGGCUUAGCAGAUACUAUCCUACCCUCACUGUCGGCUGAGACCGGCCCUAUCGCAUGCACCAAAGCACUUGCUAAAUCGUCGGCUUCGAAGGCGUUAUCCCAUAUCACCAGCCUAUUGCAGAUGUUGCUUACUUUACCACCAUCUAUCUCUUCGAAUGAGGACUCAGUCUCGUCCUCUAGUCAAACACUCUGCGCACCGAAUACCGCAUUUCUUCUUCAGUUCCUGAGCGUAGAGUGUUUGUUUAUCCAACGGAAAUUACGUCCAGAACCGAACCCCAAAAGCUUGUGGGAGUAUUAUGGGAAGUAUCUAGCAACCUAUAUCCGGAGGACACAAUCGUUGGAUCCGAACCGUAAACGAGAACGAUAUACACUCAUUAGAGAUACAAUAGAAAAAGUGAAAAGGAAGUUCACACAGGAAGCGUUAUCUCUUGAAGUCUACAAACUGGUAUCCCUGGCAGCAUCGGAAUCGAAUCUCCCCGCAGAAUCCCAACGAUGGACCAGAGAAUGGCUAAAUGCGUUGCAAAAGGGCGGCGAUCCGAUAGACGAGGCCCUGACGGUCCUUUGUCAAGUUAGGUUGGCUGUUCUGGAACUGAAAUCAUUACGUCUAGCACUCGUCGCCCAAGGGAUACCCCCGCUCGAUCAACUAGAAACUAUUGAGACAAGGGUUGCUCUUGCUUCCGAAGGGCUGGGGACCAUUUCACGAGGGCGAAAGCCAGACCUCUACCUCUUACUUGAGGAAGCAGGACAGUUCAGACGUCAUUGUCUUGCUCUUCUGUCUGCGCUACCACACGAAGGACGAAAGGUCGGAAGCGACGCAACAAUCCAAGCAGAACGGAAGCUACGAAACAUUUGUGACCGAACCUUUCGAGGUGUGGUGAAGUUUUGCCGCAAAAUCAUGUCCUUGGGCACUACCGAACAGGAACAGGAAAGAAUAGAGUCGAUUCUACUCCCUGCAGUAGAUACCGUGGUCUCGGCAUGUCUGUGGGGAUUUGAUAUCCGAGAUGAAGAGUCAUGGACGAACAUCCAAGAGUUUCUCGGAGAUUGCUGGACGACGGUGAACUCUAUUGAGAGGGAGAAGCCCGGAACGGUGGAGACUUUCUACAACAAGCUUUCGACGGUCUUUUGGCAAAUGUUCCUGCUUCUACGAAAAGCGCCUGGGUCUGAGAAUAAAGCCGUGAAGGCCCUCCGGAAUAGCAUAAGUGCAAUGCAAGAUAGACCGGUUCCCGAACUCAUCAGUGCGUCGAUUGCAAGAAAAUGGGAGAUUCUGGGAGGCUUAUACCUGAGUGUUCGGGAAUACCGGAACGGCGAACAGGCCUACCUUAAAGCCUUGGAGAUUGCCUCAUCGACUGGCCUACUAGAGGAGCUCGGAGAGCGUGCAACGCAAGGCGAAUCUAUCCAGCAACUAAUCAGCAGCUCUGGUAAAGAGAUUGCCUCGGUCGGCGCGGUAUUGACAGGUUUGGUCAAGAUAGCAACGAAGAAGAAGGAUAGGGUCGCUGCAGAAUUGCGAUUUGACGCUUAUGGUCUCAACACCACCAGUAGAGGCUGCUUACUCGAAUGGUGCUUCUCUCUGGCUCAAGAGCAUAUGACGGAUGAUGGUUCGGUGGUGAGAGUGCUUGGGGAACGCCUGCUGGAUGUCUACGAACUCGAGGAAAUGCCGAUCCGCCGGAGCAGAGUCGUCGUCAAUCUCUUGGAGCUAGUCGUUGAUCAACCCGAAUUGCUUGACCUAAAGGAGGUGCGACUUUUGGCAAACGAAGUCCUCGAGUGGGCAACCGGUGUUGCUUCUUGCGAUUUCGACGAGGAUGCGGGUCUUGAGAAAUUUAGAGAUGAUGUUCUCGCCCGUUGCUGCAUGGGACUGGCUUUGUCUGACUGGCCGAAUCGCUCGGACCUCGUGCUAGGGGCCUGUGAAUUGUGGAACGGCAUCAUCCAACACGAAGGACAUUGGGAUGGCAUUGUGUGCAGGGUCGACCAUCCAGAAAACACCAUCAAACGGUUGGGAAUGUCUGCGGAGUUUUUCGACAUGAAAGGGGAGUACGACGUGAGGCUAGUGGUUCUAGAGUUGGAACUGGGCCUACGGAAAAUGGAGGUUACGCCGAAUUACGACGCUUUGAUUGGACUAUAUUCUAAAAUUGGUCUCCAGUAUUUGCGGCUGGGAUACUCUGGAAAAGCGGGAAUGUCACUCGGAAGGGCCCAAGCAUGGCUCAAAAAGUUGGGCGACGAUGUUGCCACUGCGACCCAGCUCGAAUGGCAUCUUGCGUAUACGGAGUAUCUCGUUAGUAUCGGAAACCUGGACAAAGGGUUGCAGUAUUUCGAUGUGGCGGGUCAAAUCGCCUCUCGAGAUGAGGAUUUCGAAUCCUACAAAACCAGCAGCAGUGGAAGUUUGAAACGUGUGAAAGUGAACCGGGCGAUUGCCGACGCUGCAUAUGUCUCAAGCUUACUCGCUUUCGAGAAGGGAAACGCCAACGAAUCACUUGUCCAUGCGCGCCGAUGUAUCAAGCUUAAUACUAGAGCUUGGACUGCGCUACAGAUGAUGAGUAAUACUGCAAAAUCCCAAGGAACAGACUCCCUGGCGACCAAUCUGCAGGCGCUCUCUCUGGCGAAGGAGAAUUCUGACAAUACCGAUGCUUUGAAUCGACCUGCUCUAUGGUCGCUCGUAUCGGCCCUUCAUCAGGGGUAUAUGCAGACCGCUAACAUAUAUCGACACCUUGGCAUGAUCCGGGAAUCAAUGUAUUACGUCAAUGAAGCUCUCAAAGCGCUCCAGGCUGUCGACGCGAAACCAAUCAUUGAUUGGACGAAUGUAUGGCUCGGAGAUCUGAAGAUCAGGUGUGGCGAGACCGAGGAAGGCGAGGCAAUUCUCAGGGCUGUAGAAGAAUCCAUGAGUGCAACUCGAGCAAUGAUUUCUUUCCAUGUGGCCAAAGGCAAUCUGGAAAAAAUGCAAGGAGAUUUCGAGUCGGAAGUGGGAGCUUAUCGGGCCGCAGAAAAGAUGAUCGACGAGCUGCUUGCCAAGGCUAUGGACAAAUCGACAGGAGACACUGAAGUGCAGGAGGAGUUGCCCAAUCAAGAGGACGCAAUGGAUAUCGAUGAGGAGAAACCUUCGACUCGUUCAAGGACGCCUACACGGUCCAGGACCCCAACGCGGGCCAAAACACCGACACGUGCAAAAACGCCGACCCGUGCAAAAACACCGACUCGAGCGAAGACACCUACGAGAGGUGGCAAGGCUGCUGCUGCAAAGGCCGCUGCUGCUCAACCAACUUCUGGAGAAUCGGCUUCAUCGAUUUCCAGCGAGUGUGUAUCGUUGUUGAAGCAGAAGGGUGACAUCCAACGACUGAUCGCCCAGAGCCUGGCUCUACAAGGGGAAUGCGACCUUGCUGCAGAGAUCCUGGAACGAGCAGCCAAGCAGCCAGUAGGAACCCAAGAAGUCAUUUCACAAGGUCUCGUCGAAGCCACAACACAGUUUCAUGAAGCCUUUUCUCUGGUUGCGUCGGAUCCGGUGUUUAGCGUGUUACAGGAUUCAACAAUAUCGCUGCCGAGUGUCGUAAGAGCUCUUGAGAUUGCUGCGGCAUCCCCGGUCAAGAAAUCCACGCGCAGAGAAGCCGCCAAACCAUCCAAAGACUUUAUCAUGGUACUUGAACGUGCCAGAGAUUGCAUUUUCAGAGUCCAUUCCAAGGCUAUGAAAGCGGGGUCGUCCACUACAAUACCCCGAGUUGCUUCGCUUCUCACCAGCAUCAUUGUCUUGCUCUCCGCCCUCACAAACUCCAAGGGGCCAGGUCCUGAGCAUCCUCUUUAUGCUAGCUAUUCGUUGGAGUUGCAAAAGGUGCUAGCAACGCAAAGGGAGAAACUGGUUGUCGAAACCGACAAGUUCGUCCUUACUGCAAAAGAAGACCUACAUUGGCCUUCAGUCGGUGUGCCGCACGCUCACACGGCACGAUUCGAUAUCAUUCCGUUCGAGUUUCUGAACUUCCAGUCGGAGUACGUCGAUAUAAUCCCGAAAAAAUGGGCGGCGGUAUCCGUAACGAUGAGUGACAACAAGAAGGAGCUUUACAUCACUCGCUUCCAGUCUGGAAAGAGCCAGUUAAUGGUCAGGUUACCACUCAACCGCCACAAUUCUCGGGACGACUAUGAAGAAGUGAUCGAGUACGAGAUGGCUGUUUCGACUUUGAAGGAAAUCAUCUCGAAGUCAAAUACCAGCACUCAGCACGCCAAGUACAUGGAGAAUAAGGCGGAUCGCGCGGUAUGGUGGAAGGAACGUGAGUCACUGGACAAGGAAAUGAGUGAUUUGCUCGAAGGGAUUGAGAAGACCUGGCUCGGAGGCUUCAAGGGAAUAUUUUCUCAGUAUCCGAAGAACCUGGCACUAUUUGCGCGAUUCAAAGCGACUUUCGAUAAGAUACUUUCCAAGCUACCCUCGAGGAAAAGGAAAAAGGGUGGAAAGGUAGAGAUUGAUUACCGAAUUCUGGAGUUGUUUAUAGCACUAGGCAACCCAGAUGGACAGGACCUGGUCGAGGCACUCACAGACUUGAUUUUCUUUGUGGUCGACAUCUUGCAGUUCCAUGGCGAAGGUAAUGCCUAUGAUGAGAUCGACGUAGAUUCGAUGGUCGUGGGACUGACCGGUGCUUUGUCGGCAUAUCAUGAAGAGGCGGCACUUAACCCGGAAGACAUCGAAGCAGAGGUUGACCAUACCAUCCUCAUCCUUGACAAAACCGUUCAGACACUCCCAUGGGAAUCGAUGCCCUGUCUCCGCGAGCACUCGGUGUCACGACUUCCAUCAAUGGCGAUGUUGCGGGACCGAAUCCUCCAAAUGCAGCAGACCAAUGACGACCCAACCUCUCGUGCGGGCCACUACGUCGCCCGCAGUUCGGGCACUUUCAUCCUCAACCCGGACUCGGACCUCAAGAAUACGCAAAAGAUGUUCGAGUCCGACCUCAAGACGCUACCGGGCAACUGGACCGCAGUGGUCAACCGAGCCCCAACAGAAGAGGAAUUUAGGGAAAACCUCACGUCGAAGGAUAUCAUGCUAUACUUCGGCCACGGCUCGGGCGCCCACUACUGCCCGCCACGGACCAUUCGCAAGCUCGACCGUUGCGCAGUGACGUGUCUGAUGGGCUGUUCCUCCGGGGCGCUCAAAGAUGCCGGGGAAUUCGAACCCUACGGCAUGCCGACCAACUACCUCAUUGCGGGAUGCCCUGCCAUCCUGGCAAACCUGUGGGAUGUAACAGACAAGGAUAUCGAUCGGUUCACUAAGGACACGCUGGAGAAGUGGGGACUUAUCGGGGACCGUGGCAAGCCGGGUAUGAGCUUGGUCGAGGCGGUGACGAGCGCGAGGAAGAAGUGUCUUCUUGGCUACCUCAAUGGCGCAGCACCGGUCGUCUAUGGCAUUCCCGCCUAUGUAAAAUAGACUGCGGGUGCGUGGUGUAGUUAUUUGGCAUAUCUUGCCGUGUUGAUGGACAUUGGUUUUGGUGUACAUACAUGGUCUUACUCUGCGAUGCUAGGUUGCCAGUGAUCCAACAGCUCUUUACGGUCAAUGGGCAUGUCUUGGUUCGACGACGGGCACGUCCGUUUUGGUGUAGAU